UCUCUCACAAACACACUUCGGUCGGUGAGCUCGAGUAUGACUCGAGCCCUCUCCAUCCUCUCCUAAAGCCUCUGACUUUGCGCAUGUACAGGCAAACUGAACAUUUCAUCGACUCCAAGAUGGCGUUAACACCACUGGCUUGCGUUCUGCUUCUCCUUUCCAUGCAGUGCUACAUCAACACCUUUGCAGUCAUCCUUAAGACAAGGAAUCCUAAACCAUGGGUCAAUGAGUUUGAUUCGGUCGAGCUGUCCUGCAUGAUAGAGUCAAUCUCCACUCCUAAUCCCAGAAUAGAAUGGAAGAAGAUUAAGAUGGGAGAGCCCAGUUAUGUAUACUUUGAUAAAGAAAUAGCAGGUGACUUGGAAAAGAGAGCGAGUAUUCGAGAAUCUGCGACCUUGGUCAUUCUCAACGCAACAAGAGCCGACUCUGCUGAUUACCGCUGUGAAGUCACCGCCCCAAAUGACCAGAAAUCCUUCGAUGAGAUUUUAAUAUCACUCACUGUAAGAGUGAAGCCUGUCGUGCCCAGAUGCUCCGUACCUAAGUCUGUCCCGGUAGGCAAACCAGCAGAGCUGCAUUGCUUGGAGGACGAGGGCUACCCGAAAUCCCAUUACCAGUGGUUCCGCAACAAGGAGGAAAUCCCAGAGGAUCCUAAGAGCAGCCCAAAGUUCUUCAAUUCCACUUACACCCUGAGCAGAGAGAUGGGCACUCUGAAAUUCAGUGCGGUCAAGAAGGAGGACGCUGGAGAAUACUACUGCAGAGCCAGGAACGAGGCCGGGUUCUCAGAAUGUGGACCACAGAUGAUGGAAGUUUAUGACAUCAACAUUGCUGGAAUCAUCCUGGGUGUAGUGGUCGUGGUGACUGUCCUUCUGUGUAUAACAAUGGGCAUCUUCUGUGCCUAUAAACGUGGCUACUUCACCAGCCAGAAGCAGACGGGGAAGAAUUACAAAGCUCCAGAAAAAGGAGAUGGAGUGGACUAUGUCAGAACAGAGGAUGAGGGGGAUUUCCGACACAAAUCCUCAUUUGUCAUCUGAGAGGAGGAAGACGGGUGAUGGGAGAAAUGCGGAAUUACGUUGAAAUUUACUGCCGCUAUUAUACCUCGCAGACACAAAUCCCAAAUGAGGACAUCAGCGUCAGAGCUGCCUUUGCACGUGCCUCGCUUCACGGCAUAUCUGCAACAACACAGUUUGUAUUUGCCAAAGGUGAUAAAUAAUCAUGUCUGAUCACUGUUUAAAGAAACCAGAUGUUACUUGUUUGAACUUUUACACCCUUUUUUUCUAAAAUGUUGUCUAUUGGAAAAUUUCUGUAGAAACCAAUAUACAGUAAGAAAACGUUUUCCUCAAAUUCUUCUGUCAUUUUUGAAAACAUUUAUUUUGUACUAGGUAAAUUUGUCAGAAUAUUUUUGGAUGGAAUAUAUUUUCAAAUGCCUACAGAAAAAAAAAAUUGUUUUACUUUUUUAAAUAUUUGUAAAAUACUAACCUGGAAGCCAGUACUUUUUGGUUUUUAGACUAAUUUGGUUGUGAACGAAACCACUUCCACCAAGUUCACAUCCUCUGUUUUCCUCAUUCAACAAACAGACAAUGUAUCAAUACAUGUUUUAUUAUCCAUUUAGAUUUCAAAAUCUUUCAAUUGUAUAUCCAGCGACACUGGCUUCAAUCAAAGGUCUUAUGUACAGUACUUACUAUACUGCUGGGAUUUCAUGUUAAUAGUGAAAGGACGUUCCAUGUUCAUGUUUGUAGAUCGACUUAGACAGUGAGUAUCUUCAGAAAAACACCAGCAAAAAAGCUGGAGAAUAUUUUGAAAGACCAGUGCUGUGUAUCCUUGAUUUGAAGUGUCCUUCUAUUCUAGUUGUUUAUCUUGUAUAUAGUAAAUAUACUGACUAGGUUGUUUAUUUUUUUAUUAUAAUUUUCUUUUUUCUCUCUCUGCGUCUUUUCUUUUUCUUAUUUGAGUGAGAGACUCUCUCUAUGUUACUUUUUAACCUAACAGGGUUUGUUUGUUGGUUAAGUGUAUUGGUUGUAUAUAGAUCCACUCUGAGCUGCAAUGUGCAUAAUAAGUUUAUGGUUUAACCAAAUGUUGAAUGAGGCAAAUAUGAAACUCUUUCCUUGGAAAACGAAUCUUUUCAUGGGAGAGAGGGGAUCUGCCUUAUUAAAUACAUAACAAAAAACAACCUGAACAACCUUUUUUUUUUCAUCGAGUAGAUAUUUUAUUAUGUAAUAGUGCCUAAAAGUAGAAUGAAAUAAUGUUUCAGGAGAACAGAGCACUAGUGUUGUUUCUGCAGAUGGAAUCGGAAAUUCGUCGUUUUACUAGACCUAUGGGAUAUAACUGAUUUUAUAUAUUAAGUUAGAUUUGUACAUUAUGAGUCACAGCCCAAUAUCCCUGCAUAUGUCACUAUUGUGAGGGAAACAGAAAAUGACAAAUAUUGUGGUUUGAAAGAAGAAGAAAAAAAGCAGGGAGAGCUGUACCAAAUACUGACUGCCAAAAGAGCAUUUUCUCCAGUUCCAGUAUUAUUCAGCUCACAGUUCCUCUUUCUUUUUAUAUUUUGUUUGUAAGUCUUGAGCAACAUUUUUUGAAGCUGAGCUCAGAUGUUUUUGACUCAUUUGUGGUUGGUUUGGAGACAGCUGGAAUUUUAAUUGAAACAUAUUUCAUUCACUGAAUUCAUGUCCCAUUGAUUUGGGGCCAGUACAAAUCCUGUGUGAAUUCUUGAACAGUAUGUUUGUGAUUAAUAAAACUCACUUCUUAAAUUCA